UUGGGUGCCGGAGUCACAUCAAGGUCGCAAGAUCGAAACCCAUCAGGAACGGUUCGGCUCCGUUACCUGUGUAGGCACUGAACAUACUUGUGCCGAACUUCCCCGAAAGAGUGCCAUCUCGGCCUUCCUAGGUCGCUGCUCUACGGGGGCACGCUGCGGCGGGAGCCAGGACCGGCGUCUUCCGGGCGGCGGCGGCUGGAGCUGUGGGCGCAUCUACACACCUCGUGGUGUGGCCAGUGGAGAGACCUGCUUGGCGAAUGCAGUCUGGCGAAGGCAGUCCAGCGAAGGUCAGCUGUAGUGCGUCAGUGCUGCUCUGGCUGCGGCGCGCCACUCAGUCGGCGACAUCAUCGUCGCCGUCCUGCCGAGCGGCCCCCGCUCUGGCACUCUUUGCCGAACAUCAUGACUUCACACCGUGGAGCCUUCGCGACCUAGCGUGGGUGGCGCGCCUGCUCGCCGGUCGACCUCGUCCUCAUGGCUUCGCGAUGCUUCUGGCGGGGCGCUCGCUGCUGCCGGGCUCGCAGUGGCGUGUCGCUGAGCGGCUCUUUCGGUAACGGAGGGCCGAUUGGAGCUGCUGGCGACUCUUGCUGUGGGCUGCUGCCGCGGCCUGACGUGGCGCCGGGCUCGCCGCGCGUGAACAGGGGCACGCUGCGGCGGGAGCCAGGACCGGCGUCUUCCGGGCGGCGGCGGCUGGAGCUGUGGGCGCAUCUACACAGUGGAGAGACCUGCUUGGCGAAUGCAGUCUGGCGAAGGCAGUCCAGCGAAGGCUGGCUGGCGCAGGCCGACUAAGCGAAGGCUGGCUGGCGCUGUCUGCUGUGCUAGGGUGUUGCGAGGCUGUGUGCACUUGGUUGGGCGGUGGGCGUGCCUGCACCGCCUGCGCUAGGGUGCGGACGCUGUGGCUUGUGCUGUCUGGUGGGUCGGACCGGCUGAUCCUUGUGGUUCAGCGCACUUGCACGGCCCUAGGCCGUCUACAGGAUGCAGCUUCGGGCUGCACCCAACAGUGUGAGGGCCCUGCCCUGUUGGUGCUGGUGUUUUGGGGUAGGAGUUGCACUUUGCAAAGUGGCAGUCAGUCUGACGCCGACCCGCGGCUUAGGUGAGCAGCGCUAGCGUUUGCGGGGCACGCUGCGGCGGGAGCCAGGACCGGCGUCUUCCGGGCGGCGGCGGCUGGAGCUGUGGGCGCAUCUACACACCUCGUGGUGUGGCCAGUGGAGAGACCUGCUUGGCGAAUGCAGUCUGGCGAAGGCAGUCCAGCGAAGGCUGGCUGGCGCAGGCCGACUAAGCGAAGGCUGGCUGGCGCUGUCUGCUGUGCUAGGGUGUUGCGAGGCUGUGUGCACUUGGUUGGGCGGUGGGCGUGCCUGCACCGCCUGCGCUAGGGUGCGGACGCUGUGGCUUGUGCUGUCUGGUGGGUCGGACCGGCUGAUCCUUGUGGUUCAGCGAACUUGCACGGCCCUAGGCCGUCGACAGGAUGCAGCUUCGGGCUGCACCCAACAGUGUGAGGGCCCUGCCCUGUUGGUGCUGGUGUUUUGGGGUAGGAGUUGCACUUUGCAAAGUGGCAGUCAGUCUGACGCCGACCCGCGGCUUAGGUGAGCAGCGCUAGCGUUUGCGGUGAGCCUUGCUCGGGGUUCCUCCCCUCCUUUAGUGAGGCGAGGAGCAUGGGGGUCAUUCGAGGUUCUCUCCUCGAGUGUGCGUACGUGUCUCGUGCGUUUAUGAAGCCCUGGCUUGCCCGCGGCUGUCAUCCCACAUGUAACCUCUAUUCGCU